AGGAAAGUAGGCAAUGGCUGAAGAAGAAGACGAUGCAGCAAACCUCGAAUUCUUCCUGCACUGGGCAUCAGAGUUGGGAAUAUCAGACUCUUCUUCUUCUACUCUCCCUCAUAAAGACUCCACCUUUCUACCUUCUUGCUUGGGUCACUCGCUAGUUGUCUCCCAUUUUCCUGAUGCCGGCGGAAGGGGUUUAGCAGCAGCUCGUGAUCUUAGAAAAGGGGAGUUGAUACUAAGAGUUCCUAAGGCAGCCUUGAUGACAAGCGAGAGUUUGAUGGUCAAAGAUCAAGUGCUCUCUGCCUGUAUAAAAUCACACACUUUUCUUUCUUCCACUCAGAUAUUAACCAUUGCACUUUUGAACGAAGUCAAUAAGGGGAAAAGUUCUUGGUGGUACCCUUACUUAAAGCAGUUGCCACGCAGUUAUGACACGCUUGCAGGUUUUGGUCAAUUUGAGAUACAAGCUUUGCAAGUGGAUGAUGCCAUCUGGGCUGCGGAAAAGGCUGCAGGAAAGGCCAAGUUGGAGUGGCAAGAAGCUAGUGUAGUUAUGGCCGAACUUAAGCUCAAGCCUGCUUUACAAACCUUUAAGGCAUGGCUAUGGGCUUCUGCAACUAUAUCAUCCCGCACAAUGCACGUACCAUGGGAUGAUGCUGGGUGCUUGUGUCCUGUCGGAGACUUCUUCAAUUAUGCCGCUCCUGCAGAGGAACCAUGUGGUAAUAAGACUUUGGGGUCUUGUGGAAAUGGUUUCAGUAUGCAGACUGAAGGAUUGUCUGAAGCCAAUGCACAGAGAUUAACAGAUGCUGGAUUUGAGGAUGAUGUUGGUGCUUAUUGUUUCUAUGCUAAGAGAAACUACAGAGAGAAGGAGCAGGUUCUACUAAGUUAUGGAAUGUACACAAAUCUGGAGCUGCUUGAGCACUAUGGGUUUCUUCUAGAUGAUAACCCAAAUGACAUGGCUUUUAUCCCUUUGGAACCUGACAUGUAUACAUUGUGUUCAUGGCCCAAAGAAUUGCUAUAUAUUGACCAAGACGGGAAGCCAUCCUUUGCCCUACUCUCUGCUAUGCGGUUGUGGGCAACUCCUCCAAACAAACGGCGAUCUGUUGGACACCUUGCUUAUUCGGGAAAGCAAAUUUCAGUAGAGAAUGAGAUAACUGUCAUGGGGUGGAUAGCAAAGAAAUGCCAAGAUAUGUUACAGAAUCUGAGGACAUCAAUUGAACAGGAUAAGUUGUUGCUGAGCAGCAUUGGCAAAAUUGAGGAUAUUUUUCUUCCAGUGGAGCUCGAGAAAUUGCCAUCAAUAUGUAGCACUGAGCUUCGUGCCUUCCUUGAAAGCCAUGAACCAACUAAUGAGGAAGCUUUCAACAACUUGCAUAUACCUCGAAAAGCAAGAAGGUCUAUCUCUAGGUGGAUAUUAGCUGUCCAGUGGAGACUCAGCUACAAGAGAAAAUUACUAUGCUGCAUUGCAGAAUGAGCUGAAGAUGAUUUAAACUUCUUUUCUGUGAAAAUGUUCAAAACAUCCAAGCAGAGAAAUUUAGAGUCAAUUGCAGAACAUUGAGGACUCAUGGGAUUGCUCCUCCGCUAGAUUUAAGGGGAUUGUUACCAGAUAAAGCGAGGGAUCUUAAUCUUUGUAUUCCACUUCUACACCAAAUAAAUGCUGAUGGCACUCCGCGCCUCUAGCUUAAUUGGGGAAGAAAUGAACGAGCAGUAGAUGAUUGGUUCAGGAAGUGUUAUAUUUUCUCUUUCUUCUUCCGGAAGACUGGGCUGAUAUUGCAAACACAAGGUCUCAGAAAUUUUUACAAGCUAUUCCUCUGAUGCUUCAGAAUAAUGCACAGAUUCUUGCUUCUCUUCUCGGGCUGGUGAUGAACCUUUGAAUCAGGCUUUUCCCGCCAUUAAUAGCCAACAGCCACUCCAGAAGUUUAGUUCACUAUUGGGUAGAGCCUCAUCACUUCAGACACGAGCACCAUAAGAGAAUGUCCGUUCUCAACAGGAAAAGCCCCCUCUCUGCAUUGUGUCAAACUCAAACACUACCGGUGCAAGUACCUUACAUAAAGUACCAAUGGCUGGCAUUUUCCAGAAUUACUGCCGUGAUUUUUUGCUAGCAUUUGCUCAAAGCACAAGAAAGUGGUGGUGUAAAUACGGGCUGAGUUGGAGGUAUGCUGUCAACUCGGUUCACAAUUUCUUUUGUAAUUGUCUAGUCGUCUGGAUAAUUCCUGCAUUAUAUAUACUCCCUUAUACUUCUGGGAGUAAUGGUACAGCCCAUUGAUUUCCUCUUCUAGUUGGGAAGCUUUGUUUGGAUUACAUUUUUUCUAAACUUUUUAUAUAAAAAAAAAUACUGCAACAAUUUAACAUAUAUAAAGUAAAAAAGCGAUUGAAAAACAUAUCUACAAAAAACAUAACAACAGCACUUUGUUUCGAUAUCCAUACCCUGACAAGAACGUCAACCAGUGGUCUAUUAUAAGGGAUAUGAUGGGGGUAACAAAUUGAUAAAUUUUUGGAAGAGGCUAUAUCUAUUAAUUGAUUGCCAUGAAGCUUUCCAUCGGUGUUGUAGCAGCUGCUCGUGCAUCCUUUUCUAUUUCCCUAGUGAUACUUUUGUCACCUGCUACUGGGCGCGCUUUACCAACUGCAUUCGUUUUGAAGAGUGGAAAGCAAGAUUUCCUUGUUAGUAUGAACUUGAUUCAGAACUUAGCCUAAACGUAAUCACCAGAUCCCCUUGGAUGUCUUCUGCAAUAUCUAACGAGUACAAAUGUACCAUGCCCUGGAGAAAUUUCAACUGCAAAUUCAGCCAACAUUUUGUCGCGGCCCAAGAACUCCUUGUUUUAGUUGUUUUCGGGCUUAACCUUUGAGGAAGGAAAAUGCCAAGGAUCAUUUAAUUACCAGAAUUAACAUAAUUACUAGAAAGUAGUAUUCAGUUACUAGGUAACAAUUCUUGCAUAUCCCUCCUUCCCAAUGGUUCAAUUCUAAUAGAAUUGCUUAUGAGACAGGGAGGGUUAGCGCAUUAAGAAACAAGUGGCAAAAAGACGAUGAUCUCAAUUUGCAAAAUUUACCAUCAUUAUUAGAAUGACAUUUUGCAAAAUUUAUUGAUUGUCAUGCUUAAAUGGAUGAAAAUCACAAUUGGAACUAACAAUUUAAAACAGAAAAAGAGGACAAAGAAACUAAAAAAUGGAUCAGAUUUCUGGCUUGAUUUCUCGAAAAAGAGAAAUUUAAUGGUAGCACAGUAUAAUCAGCUUCGAUCAUCUGGGGAAAUAAUCAUCACAUCCAUUUUUUCAAUUUUUUUCCAUAGUACAUUCAUCUGUUACAUAGAUAUCCGAAAAGAAACAAAUGUACUGGAAUUCCAUUCUGAAUCCUCUAAACUUUCUUUUGCGAAAAACAAGGAAAAAAGCUAUAGGCUUUUCAAUGAAAAGCAUGUAAAAAAAAAGUGGAUGUGAAAUUUGAUAGGAGGAGAUGGAUCAGACAAAUCUGGCUUGGAUUAUCUCCAGAAAACUGGAGAAAACACAAAUAAAGCGCUCGGUAAUUUCAGUUUCGAUCAUCUGGGGAAAAAAUCAUCACUUCCAUCUCCUUCACUAUAUUGUUUGAAACCAAAAAAAAAAAAAAACUUUAAAAAAA